AUGUCAACCACUACCCCCACCAGGAUAAGAUAUCAUAAGCGAACUCCUACUGGUCUAACAAAAAGUGAACAAGAAAAUUGGGAUCCAAAAAUUUUGGGCUUAUGGGAGAAAUGCGCCGUUGGUGAUAACAAUGACAAAGAAAGCUUUCAAAGAUCGUUUGUUCGUCACGUGACCACAACUCUCGCCAGAUCAGUUUAUAAUAUCGAUAACUUUAGUGCAUAUCAAGCCACCGCUAACACUGUUCGUGAUCGAUUGAUCAAACGAUGGAAUGAUACUCAGCAGAGUCACACUGAAAGCGACCCAAAGCGUGUUUAUUAUCUAUCUUUGGAAUUUUUAUUGGGUAGAUCAUUAGAUAACGCCCUUCUCAAUUUGGGGUUGAAGGAAAGUUUUGGAGAGGGUGUCAAGGAUUUGGGUUUCAGAAUGGAGGAUGUCCUUGAUCAAGAAGUUGAUGCUGCUCUUGGUAACGGAGGUCUUGGUCGUCUUGCCGCUUGUUAUAUGGAUUCUCUGGCUACAUUAGACUAUCCUGCAUGGGGAUAUGGCCUCAGAUAUACUUAUGGUAUCUUUCAGCAAAGAUUAAAAGAUGGUUAUCAAGUAGAAUUUCCUGAUUAUUGGCUGAAUUUCGAUAAUCCAUGGGAGUUGCCUCGUCUUGAUGUCGUUGUUGAUGUUCAAUUCGGUGGUUCUGUCAACAAAUAUACUGAUGAUGAAGGUCGAGUGCGACAUGUUUGGGAAGGCUCUGAUAUAAUAAAAGCUGUUGCUUACGACGUUCCUAUUCCUGGAUAUGGCACCAAAAACUGCAUUAAUAUCCGUUUAUGGAGUAGUAAGCCAAAGCGUCAGUUUGAUCUUCACCGAUUUAACGAAGGCCAAUACGAACAGGCCGUUCAAGAACAAAUGCAGGCUGAAAAUAUUACUGCUGUUCUAUAUCCAAAUGACAACCAUAUGGUUGGUAAAGAAUUACGUCUCAAGCAACAAUACUUCUGGGUUGCUGCUAGCUUACACGAUAUUGUUCGUCGCUUCAAUAAAUCUGGAAAACCGUGGAGUAAAUUUCCUGAUCAGGUUGCUAUUCAAUUGAACGAUACACAUCCAACUCUUGCCAUUGUUGAAUUACAAAGGAUCUUAUGUCUUGACUGGGAUGAGGCUUGGGAUAUCGUUCGCCGUACGUUUGCAUUCACAAAUCACACUAUCCUUCCAGAAGCCAUGGAAAAAUGGCCUGUACCAAUGGUCGCAUAUUUACUACCAAGACAUAUGCAAAUUAUUUUCGAUAUCAAUCUGUUUUUCUUGCAAGAUGUUGAAAAAAAAUUCCCAGAUGAUAGGGACCUUCUGGCCAAAUUAUCUAUAAUUGAAGAAUCGACGCCACAGUUCGUAAGAAUGGCUCAUCUUGCCAUAGUUGGUUCACAUCGAGUUAAUGGUGUUGCUGAAUUACACUCAAACUUGAUCAAAACAACUAUUUUCAAAGAUUUCGCUAAAUAUUAUGGCUCUGAAAAGUUCGAUAAUGUAACCAAUGGAAUCACUCCACGAAGAUGGUUACAUCAAGCUAACCCAAAACUAGGUGAUUUGAUUACAGAAGUUUUGGGCAACAAAGACUGGCUAAAAGAUUUAAGUCUAUUGAAAAAACUUGAGUCGUUUGUUGAUGACAAAGAUUUCAAGAAACGAUGGGCUGAGAUUAAACAUUUUAACAAGGUUCGAUUAGCUAAACACAUCGAAACGCAGACUGGGAUCAUAGUUAGUCCCGAUGCCAUGUUUGAUAUUCAAGUGAAAAGAAUUCAUGAAUACAAAAGACAAUUCAUGAAUAUUUUAGGUGUUAUUCAUCGGUAUAACUGCUUGAAGAAAAUGUCUUCACAAGAAAAGUCAGAAGUUGUUAAACGUGCUGUCAUCUUUGGUGGAAAAGCAGCCCCAGGCUAUUAUAUUGCUAAAUUGGUUAUCAAACUAAUAAAUAGCGUCGCAGAUGUUAUUAACAAUGACAAAUCUAUCGAUAAUCUCUUAAAGGUUGUUUUCAUUCCUGAUUAUAAUGUGUCCGUUGCCGAAAUUAUUAUUCCAGCGUCAGAUAUUUCACAACAUAUUUCAACAGCUGGCACUGAAGCUUCUGGUACUAGUAAUAUGAAAUUCGUCUUAAAUGGCGGCUUAAUUCUCGGGACUGUAGAUGGUGCAAAUAUUGAGAUUCAUGAAGAAAUUGGUGAUGAUAAUAUAUUUAUGUUCGGAAAUUUGGCUGAUCAAGUUGAAGAUUUGAGGCAUGCUCAUAGGUAUCGCAAUGUGCCAAUGGAUCCUGCACUACAAGAAGUCGUUAAGGAUGUCGAAUCCGGUCAAUAUGGCGAUUCACGCAUAUUUGCUCCUCUAAUUAAUACUUUAACUGUCGGCAAAGAUUACUAUUUAAUCUCGGAUGACUUUGGAUCAUAUCUUAAUGCACAGAGCUUAGUCGAUGAAGCGUAUAAAGAUCAAGAUGAUUGGAUAAGAAAGAGUAUUUUAUGCACUGCCCGGAUGG